UGUUGUCCUGAUGCAAUGUCUCCGCGCGUUCCACCACGAGGUCGACCGUUGUGCGGGUGUUUGUGUGUUUGUGUGCUUCUAUGUGUUGUCCCCUAAGGGGGUAAGGUGAGGUGGUGAAUCAGCAGCAACAGCAACAGCAGUUCCAGCUUACCCACAUUUUGGUUAGUGAGCACGAGUGCUCUGUACAUAGUGAGAGUGAGUACACAUAGGUGAGACAGCAGCAAUAAGGCAUUAGUAGUAGCAUCAUCAUCAACAAUAGUAUCCCGACAGACCGCGGUGGCGGUGGUGAAAAACGGCGAAAGGAAAUCCGCGGUUCUAAAUAGCGUAGUUUGUGCUGGAUAGUUGAGAAGAAGGGUGCACGCCAAGGAGCUGCAAGAUCGUGCUUUCGUCCUUGCUCUCAAACGUCGUGAUGGAUUGUUGUGUUUCGGUGUUUUUUGGUGGAUUUAAGAUUUAGCUGUUGAAGAGGAGGCAGUCGAAGAACGACUAGACCGACGACCAGAGGGAGCGGAAAGGAGAUGGAAGAGAAAAUUGUUUCAUAAUCGGCUGCUAUUCCGACGACGUUGGAGAAUGGGAACCAAUUUGUGGCAUAAGCCAUUUUCCAGUGAAUUAGAGCGAGCCGUGUGGGAGUGCAUCCGGUGGCCAGUAAUGGUGGCGGCGGAUCGACGAGAGUAUAAUGAGUUGUAAAUACAGUAAUAGUCUUCACGUUUUUCCUCGGAAAUCGAUUAUCGUGGCUGAAGUUGGAGGAUUCGCCGUCCGGAGCCCAGCAGAUAUCUGAUGACCUCUUCUGGGGGACAGUUUUGUGUGACAACCCGCGUUCUGUGUCGAUGCUUGUUGUAUGAAAACUAGCGUCCAAGGCGCAAUUUGUAUCUCAUAACCAACCAGUAGCAAUAUAGUGCUUAACAGUGUGCUUAUUCUGAUUGCGUUUUCAAAUAGUGUACAAUACGUCGUUCUAAGUGUGAAAUGCUUAUCCACGCAUCGCUUGUUCCAGUAAUUAGAUCAAUAGUACAUACUCUCACUAACAUAGCGAUAUUGCCGAGUCUUACGUAAAGGUCACCACAUUAGAUAAAGAGUGUUAUGAAAUAAAUGGUUCAUUCAAGAGCAGAAUAUUACCCUAUAUAGUUGAAAGCACCUAGUGAAUACAACAUAGUAUAGAUGUGUCUACAGUGAAAUUAGAUGUUUUAGAAAACGUGUGACACAUUCGUUUGGGCUUUCCUUCUUCGUAAGCAAUCGAUUUUGGAUUAUGGAAUACAGCUCAUAGUGGGGGACAAUCAUCGGGAAGUGUUUGAAGUGAUCGCUGGCGCUAAUAUAUGGAUACAAAGUAAGCAGUUGAAUCAUCGAAAGUGCAAGAGCAUGAGCAGUGUUAUUGGGAGAAAUAAACUCGUCGCGGCUGUAACGGCAGAACCCAGAAGAAAUGUGACAAGAAACCGAUUCUAAUCCAAUUUGUUCACCGUGCACCGAGUGAGAAACAUCCAACCAAGCGCACGGGGAAAAGUGCGCGCGUGUGAGUGCACCGUGUGUAAUAAAAAAAAAAAAGAAAUAACGGAAAGUAAUCCCAUCCAAGCGGCAUUACUGCCGUCCGGGUGACAGUGAGUGCCCUGCCAGCAGCCAUCAUAAAAAUGAAGCAAACGGUGAUUCUAUUCAUAAUCGGCUGCACCGUGCUGGGCGCUGCCUUCGCCGGUGGCAGCCAGAAUGCGGCCAACGGUGGUGGUGACCCUGCCCCGGGUCGAUCCCCCGGGCCGCCCGGUGUUAUGCAGCUGUCGAACGCCGACCACGGUGAGCCCCUGCCGGGCGAAACGCCGACCUACAUCGUAACCAAAGAUGACAGCGGCGGCGGCGACGGCGGCGAGAAUCGUUCACCGUUGACGUCGAACGACGUUCUGGAUUCACCGCCCGACGAAGAGGAGGAGCAGGUGGACAAAGUCCGCGGUGGAGGUGAUGAUUUGGAACCGUUCGUAGGUGACGUCAGCAGUGAAUCGUCCAGUAGCAGCGUUCUGCUGGCUGCUUCCCGGGAGGAAAGUGAUGUAGUGGUGGGAGCUGGGGAAGGGGAACAACUCCAAAGCGAGAACCAAUUGGGUGGACCCGACGAGGAAGGUGAAGAAGGUGAGGGUGGUGGUGAAAAGGAGGAAGAGGGGCAACCAGCAACGCCAGGGAUUGGACCUUGCUCGAGGAGUAUCGAGGAUUAUCUGAAGCCAGACGAUAAGAUUGUACGGGUUGACAAGGACAAGGCUGUCGACGGCGAGACGCACCUGCAGGUUCACGUUGUCCAUGACGUGUUUGACACCGCUAAUGGAAUUGUUCCGGGCAUUGUGUAUCGAGGUAAGUGGAACAUAGUUUUAUCUCUAAGGGGUGGGAAGGAUAAGAAGCGCUUUAUGAAGCCUUGA